AUGAGCUCGUCAAAUGGGAACCACCGCAGACAGGACUCCAUAGACCCGUUUUCUCACCCCGACAUCUAUUAUGGUGACGAGGAAGCCAACGCGCGCAUCAAGGAUCGCAGACGUGCCUUCUCAACGGUGAAUGAGAUUUCGGCUCAACCCCGCAAAUUCCUUAUUGAUGUCGAACAAACAUUGGAGAGCCUUUUGGAAAGGGAAGAUACGGACAGGAACAUGCAGAUAACCAUUGAAGAUGUAGGACCCAAGGUGCUUUCCCUCGGGACCGCAGCGUCUUCCGGAUACAAUAAAUUCGAUGUGCGAGGAACGUACAUGCUUUCCAACCUCCUGCAGGAACUUACCAUUGCUAAGGACUAUGGCCGCAAGGUCAUUGUCCUUGACGAGGCUCGUCUGAGCGAAAACCCGGUCGCUCGUCUCUCCCGUCUCAUUAAGAAUUCUUUCUGGAAUGCCCUGACUCGGCGGAUCGAUGGCUCCAAUAUUGAGGUAGCAGGUCGAGAUCCCAAGGAUUGGACAGACGAUCCACGACCCCGUAUCUAUAUCCCACCGGGUGCUCCUGAGCAGCUGGAGUAUUACAGAGGGAUUGCUAAGGCACACCCAGAACUUCGUCUGGAUGUGCAGGUGCUGGACUCAGAUAUCACUCCAGAGUAUGUGAAGGAUCUCAACAGUAAACCCGGCCUUCUCGCUUGGCAAUGGAGAAGAAGACGAUUCAACGAGCUGUAUGGGUGGGACAGUUAUAUGGAGUCUCUUGGGCUGUUGGUCAGUAACAGAGUGGAUUUAGCGAAGUCCAUGGUGAUCAACUUCUGUUUCUGUAUUAAACACUAUGGAAAGAUCCUGAAUGCCAACCGGUCCUAUUACCUGCUACGCUCCCAGCCGCCAUUCUUGACUGAUAUGGCUCUGAGAGUGUAUGAGCGGAUUAAGGGUGAACCCGAUGCUCUGGAGUUCCUGCGGACUUCGAUACUCGCUGCGAUCAAGGAAUACUAUAGUGUCUGGACCGCUGAGCCACGGUUUGAUCCAGUUUCUGGCUUGUCGCGGUAUCGCCCUGAAGGGUUGGGCGUACCGCCAGAAACUGAACCAACGCAUUUCAUCCAUCUACUAACACCCUAUGCUGAGAAGCAUGGCAUGCAAUUUGAUGACUUCGUUCAAGCUUACAAUAACGGCAUCGUUAAGGAGCCGGAACUUGACGAGUACUUUUUGCAUGAUAGGGCGGUCCGAGAAUCUGGCCAUGACACAAGCUACCGUUUGGAGAGGGUUUGUGCCAAUAUCGCCACAGUUGAUUUGAACUCUCUCCUUUACAAGUAUGAGGUGGACAUCGCUCGUAUAAUCCGGACUUAUUUCAAGGAUAGACUAGAGAUCCCCCCUGAGUUCCGUACUGAACAGUCGAAGGACAUUGCAAGUGAGUCCUCAUCUGUAUGGGACCGCAGGGCCAGAAGAAGAAAAAUGAGAAUGGAUUCCUAUCUGUGGGACGAAGGAAAGGGGAUGUAUUUCGACUACGACACAGAUAAGCAAGAGCGGACUAAUUAUGAGAGUGCCACAACCUUCUGGACAAUGUGGGCAGGUCUCGCCACCCCUCAUCAGGCGUCGGAACUGGUCAGCAAGGCCCUUCCGAAGUUUGAGGCUUACGGCGGCCUGGUUUCAGGUACUGAAGAAUCGCGUGGUGUUAUCAGUCUAGAUCGGCCGAACCGGCAAUGGGACUAUCCUUAUGGAUGGGCACCGCAGCAGAUGCUGGCAUGGACAGGACUGCUCCGCUACGGCUACCAGGAGGAAGCCGAGCGACUAGCAUACAAAUGGCUAUACAUGAUCACGAAAGCUUUUGUUGACUUCAACGGCGUUGUCGUCGAGAAGUAUGACGUCACUCGGCCUAUUGACCCUCACCGGGUCGAUGCUGAAUAUGGAAACCAAGGUGUAGAUUUCAAGGGUGCACCUCGUGAAGGGUUCGGUUGGGUCAACGCCAGCUUUGUUUAUGGGUUGGAGAUUCUUAACGCUCAUCAGCGGCGUGCCCUUGGGGCCAUUACCCCAUAUGAGACCUACAGUAAAGCUGUAGCAAUCCAGAAUGACAGCGACUAA